AUGCGUGGGAACAAACGAUUAGAAAAGCUUUGUUUUUUCUCGUGGCGAGCUCAGAAGCAGCAACAUACAUCCUUCAAUGGAGUCAAGUCGAGAUUCAAACCAAACGGUGGAGUAAAGUUUCACUCGUGGAACACAAAUCAAACUCAAACCCAAACCCAGAAGAGCAAAUCUGGAGACGAGGAUAUAAAAGAGUGGAAUGUAGCUAUAAGCAGCUACAUGCGUAAUGGAAGGUGCAACGAAGCGCUUCGUGUGUUUAAACGCAUGCCUAGGUGGAGCUCUGUAUCUUAUAACGCUAUGAUCUCUGGUUACUUGAGAAAUGGAGAGUUUGAACUCGCGCGGAAACUGUUCGACGAAAUGCCUGAACGAGAUUUGGUUUCGUGGAAUGUGAUGAUUAAAGGGUAUGUGAGGAACAGGAAUCUUGGUAAAGCUAGGGAGUUGUUUGAGAGAAUGCCUGAGAGAGAUGUUUGUUCGUGGAAUACGAUAUUGUCUGGAUAUGCUCAGAAUGGGUGUGUUGAUGAAGCAAGGAGAAUUUUUGAUCGAAUGCCUGAGAAGAACGAAGUAUCGUGGAAUGCGUUGCUCUCUGCGUAUGUUCAGAACAGUAGGAUGGAGGAAGCUUGUAGUUUGUUUGAGUCAAGAGAGAAUUGGGCAUUGGUUUCGUGGAAUUGCUUGCUUGGUGGGUUUGUUAAGAAGAAAAAGAUCAUCGAGGCAAGACAGUUUUUCGAUAGUAUGAGUGUGACGGAUGUGGUUUCCUGGAAUACGAUCAUCACUGGUUAUGCACAGAACGGGAAGAUAGAUGAGGCGCGGAAACUAUUUGACGAGUCUCCUGUUCGAGAUGUGUUUACAUGGACAGCAAUUGUUUCAGGAUAUGUACAAAACCGAAUGGUGGAAGAAGGGAGAGAAUUGUUCGACAAAAUGCCAGAGAGAAAUGAAGUAUCAUGGAAUGCCAUGCUUGCAGGAUAUGUGCAGGGUGAGAGAAUGGAGAUGGCAAAGGAAUUGUUCGAUGUUAUGCCUUUUCGCAAUGUUAGUACAUGGAACACGAUGAUAACUGGAUAUGCUCAGUGUGGUGAUGUUUCUGAAGCUAAGAACCUUUUUGACAAAAUGCCUAAGAGAGAUCCAGUCUCUUGGGCCGCUAUGAUUGCAGGGUAUUCACAAAGCGGACAUGGCUAUGAAGCUCUGCGUUUGUUUGUGCAAAUGGAGAGAGAAGGCGGAAGAUUGAAUCGAUCCUCGUUCUCAUCUGCUCUAAGCACGUGUGCAGAUGUUGUUGCUCUUGAGCUCGGGAAGCAAUUGCACGGACGAUUGGUUAAAGGUGGGUAUGAGACUGGGUGCUUCGUUGGGAAUGCGCUUUUGCUGAUGUAUUGCAAAUGUGGAAGCAUAGAAGAAGCCAAUGACUUGUUUGAGGAGAUGACUGGCAAGGACAUUGUCUCUUGGAACACAAUGAUUACAGGUUACUCAAGGCACGGAUUCGGAGAAGAGGCUUUAAGGUUCUUCGAGUUGAUGAAGAGCGAAGGACUGAAACCAGAUGAUGCUACCUUGGUUGCGGUACUAUCUGCGUGCAGUCACACAGGGCUAGUAGACAAAGGCAAGGAAUAUUUCUACACGAUGACUCAAGACUACGGUGUAAAGCCUAACUCACAGCACUACGCUUGUAUGGUUGAUCUUCUCGGUCGAGCUGGGCUUCUGGAAGAAGCUCACAAUCUAAUGAAAAACAUGCCCUUUGAGCCAGACGGUGCAAUUUGGGGAACUUUACUGGGUGCAAGCAGAGUACAUGGAAAUACAGAGCUAGCUGAAACAGCUGCAGAUAAGAUUUUCGCUAUGGAGCCUGAAAAUUCUGGUAUGUAUGUUCUUCUCUCAAAUAUGUACGCUGCUUCAGGUCGCUGGGGAGAUGUUGGUAAGCUGCGAGUGAAAAUGCGGGACAAAGGGGUGAAGAAAGUUCCAGGGUACAGUUGGAUUGAGUAUCAGAACAAGACUCAUANUUUCUCGGCUGGGGAUGAGUUUCAUCCCGAGAAAGACGAGAUCUAUGCAUUUUUGGAUGAUCUUGAUUUGAGGAUAAAGAAAGCAGGGUAUGUCUCGAAGACGAGUGUGGUUCUUCAUGAUGUGGAAGAAGAAGAGAAGGAGCGUAUGGUUCGGUACCAUAGCGAAAGACUGGCUGUAGCAUAUGGGAUAAUGCGUGUGUCUUCAGGGAAACCAAUCCGUGUGAUGAAGAAUCUGCGUGUGUGUGAGGAUUGCCAUAAUGCCAUCAAGUAUAUGGNGAAAANCACGGGGAGAUAUAUUAUCUUGAGGGAUAAUAACAGGUUUCACCAUUUUAAGGAUGGUUCAUGUUCUUGUAGAGACUACUGGUGA